UAAAUAUCACAUUGCUUAUGGUUUGUAGGUGUUUAGAUGAAUGGCAAGGAAUUUGCUUAUCUAAUUUUGUGAGGAAGUUUCGUCGAUUUUAAAUCGUUACAAUUUGUCGUGUCGUCCGUAUUCACAUAAUGAUAUUGUCAGUUAGAAGUUACCGACAUUUUACUUUAAAAACGAAGAAAUGCAUCAAACAGUCAGUUAUGAGGAAGAAGAAAGACAUCAGUUACUAAUUUCUUUGAAACAUACAGUAGAGGGUCUGUUGGCAAAUUGUUCAAACAAUGUUUGGAAUACUUAUGGAGGUUUAUCUCGCCUCUGUACUGUUGUAGACAAAAUAUUAUCCCAUAAAUUGCAAAAUCAACAGGAUAAUGGAUAUUGGAAUUUUCUUGCUGGAUUACAAUUGUUAAAACCAACAUUAAUUCCAGUAUUUUCAGAAAUCUCUCACGAAGGAAAUGAAAAAUUGAUUAAGAGAGAACAACAAUGGUUAAAAAAUAGUUUACAACAACAUAUUUUAUCAUCCCAGUUAGAGAUUCUAACAAAAGACAAAGUUCAUUUAUUAAAAUGUUAUCAAAAGGAAGCUUUUUUAUGUAAUGCUGAAUAUACAAAGGCACUUUUAAUAUGUUUAAAAGCAGUAGAAGAAAAUCAAGCUGCAUUAUUAGCUAAAUUAGAUCCUACUUUAGUUGUGAAGAAAAAGUCAGAACCAAAACAGCUUAAUUUAAAUGAUGUGAAAAUAAAUGACACCUGUGAAAAGUUAAGUAACUUAAAUGUGUCCAAUUCCUGUUACUAUACUAGAUUAUUGCAUAAUGGGAGGAAAAAGAAAAAAUUAAUAGAACAUUCCAAAACAAUGAAAGUUGGAUUCUGUGAUUUACCUGAUUUUCAAUACAUUUCUACCCAAGAACAAAACUGUGAUUUGCAAAAUAAAAUUCUGGAACAUUGCAGCUGUGAUAAAAAUUCAUCCUGUACAGAAACAAAUGGAAGUGAAACUCAGAAUACGGAAGUAUUCAACAAAGAAUUUAAUUAUAGUGAAAGUGAUUGUGAUAAUGCUCAUGUUAAACAGAACUUAUAUGCUACAAUUUCUCCCUCUAGUUCAUUAGAUUUGCACAAUAAAUUAUUAUGUUCUGGAAAAUUACUUGAAGAUUGCAAAUUUUAUCAUAAUUAUAAUUGUUUAGUUAGAAGCAGAAGUUGUCCUGAAUUACAUGAUUAUUACUUGCCAGCUAAAGUUAAUGUGAAACAUACACAAAAUUUUAAAUCAAACAAUUUACAACAAAAAUGCAGCUCUCUUCCAGUGUUAUAUAAAUCUGUUUCAGAUGGAAAUGAAUAUUUUAUAGAAAAUAAAAACAUUUUCAGUAGGAAUCUGCAGAUACAUAAAAAUGAAAAUGAAACAAGUUUACAGCAAGAAUUAUCACAAAAUAAAGAAAUCAAAGAAUGUAAGUUAUCACCGGAUAUUUCAAAAUCUAGUUUACCAAGUACAAAAACACCAAAAUGGAAAGCUCAACAUACAAGAUCUAAGUCAGAUAUCCCAGGUUUAUCUCAGCAUUCUCAAAAGAAGGAAAGUAUAGUUGAAACAAGUUCAAAUUCCUUGUCAUUAUCAUCAUCUCUUCCUAACAAAUUAGAAGAUAAAAACAGAAGACAAAGUUUAUUAGAAGAAGGUUGUCAAGUAGGAGUUCCUACAGAAUGCUUUUUUCCUAGACCUCAAGAAGGUCAGAGUCUUAUUAGCUUUUUGUCAUCCAAAGAUUUUGGCACUUGUGCAGAAUUAGAUAAGGAAAAUGCUCAUUUUUGUAUAUCAGAAGCACUUAUUUCUGUAAUAGAACAGAUAAAAUGUAAUCAGUCACUUAAACAAGCAGAGGAAGAAAGCGAUGAAGAAAUUCAAAAGCUAAAUCAGCAUAUACGUAUCCGCAGAAGGGAAAUUCAAUUAGAGGUUGUGAAGAAAAAGUCAGAACCAAAACAGCUUAAUUUAAAUGAUGUGAAAAUAAAUGACACCUGUGAAAAGUUAAGUAACUUAAAUGUGUCCAAUUCCUGUUACUAUACUAGAUUAUUGCAUAAUGGGAGGAAAAAGAAAAAAUUAAUAGAACAUUCCAAAACAAUGAAAGUUGGAUUCUGUGAUUUACCUGAUUUUCAAUACAUUUCUACCCAAGAACAAAACUGUGAUUUGCAAAAUAAAAUUCUGGAACCUUGCAGCUGUGAUAAAAAUUCAUCCUGUACAGAAACAAAUGGAAGUGAAACUCAGAAUACGGAAGUAUUCAACAAAGAAUUUAAUUAUAGUGAAAGUGAUUGUGAUAAUGCUCAUGUUAAACAGAACUUAUAUGCUACAAUUUCUCCCUCUAGUUCAUUAGAUUUGCACAAUAAAUUAUUAUGUUCUGGAAAAUUACUUGAAGAUUGCAAAUUUUAUCAUAAUUAUAAUUGUUUAGUUAGAAGCAGAAGUUGUCCUGAAUUACAUGAUUAUUACUUGCCAGCUAAAGUUAAUGUGAAACAUACACAAAAUUUUAAAUCAAACAAUUUACAACAAAAAUGCAGCUCUCUUCCAGUGUUAUAUAAAUCUGUUUCAGAUGGAAAUGAAUAUUUUAUAGAAAAUAAAAACAUUUUCAGUAGGAAUCUGCAGAUACAUAAAAAUGAAAAUGAAACAAGUUUACAGCAAGAAUUAUCACAAAAUAAAGAAAUCAAAGAAUGUAAGUUAUCACCGGAUAUUUCAAAAUCUAGUUUACCAAGUACAAAAACACCAAAAUGGAAAGCUCAACAUACAAGAUCUAAGUCAGAUAUCCCAGGUUUAUCUCAGCAUUCUCAAAAGAAGGAAAGUAUAGUUGAAACAAGUUCAAAUUCCUUGUCAUUAUCAUCAUCUCUUCCUAACAAAUUAGAAGAUAAAAACAGAAGACAAAGUUUAUUAGAAGAAGGUUGUCAAGUAGGAGUUCCUACAGAAUGCUUUUUUCCUAGACCUCAAGAAGGUCAGAGUCUUAUUAGCUUUUUGUCAUCCAAAGAUUUUGGCACUUGUGCAGAAUUAGAUAAGGAAAAUGCUCAUUUUUGUAUAUCAGAAGCACUUAUUUCUGUAAUAGAACAGAUAAAAUGUAAUCAGUCACUUAAACAAGCAGAGGAAGAAAGCGAUGAAGAAAUUCAAAAGCUAAAUCAGCAUAUACGUAUCCGCAGAAGGGAAAUUCAAUUAGAGAAAUUAAGAGUGAAAAAUUUACCUCUACUUAGUGAUGGAAAAACAGAUACUUCUACAACUAGUGCUUCACCCCCUAGUUCUUCACCCUGCACAGCUUCAUAUGAAGAGAGCAGUGGUACUGAAGAUGACAUUAAUGAAUUGGAAUUAACAGAUACAACACAGUCAACAUUAACUUCUAUUCAAGAAAAUGGUCUAUCAUUAUCAAUGGCUUCUUUAUAUUCAGAUGCUGACAUACAAAGAAUUAAUUCGGUUCUCCCUCAAAAUACAAGCAUUGAACAACCAGCAAAAUCUACCAUAUCUGUGGACACAAAUGGACAGUUAUCAGCAGAAUCUGUUGCUCUAAAUCUUCUAAAGAAAUUUUCUGAAAAGCAACUUCCUAAAGCAUCAGAUUUACAAUGGCUUGUUUCUGAACGGGAUGCUCCACAAUCACUAUUACCACUCCCCGAUUCUUGGCCAGUUUCUCCUGACAUAGUAGAAGAAGAAUAUAGUUCAGAAAAGACCAGACUCCGAGGAAACUCAGAAUGGGCUCCUCCAAGAGCCCAGAUUAUAUUUAGCAUUCAUCCAGAGCCACUGAGAAAGGUACUGAUAGCAAAGCAGAAUUACAGAUGUGCUGGAUGUGGUACUAAAAUCAAUCAAGGAUUAAUCAGUAAAUUUCGUUACUGUGAAUAUCUCGGUAAAUACUUUUGUCAUUGUUGCCACAACAAUGCCCUUGCUUACAUACCCGGACGAAUAUUACAUAAAUGGGAUUUUUCUAAAUAUCACGUGUCAAAGUUUUCCAGUGACUUAUUGCAAAUGAUGUUCACAGAUCCUCUCUUCAACCUUGCGGACAUCAAUGCCAACCUGUAUCGAAAAGUCCGUCAGUUGAGUGUGAUACGAGAAUAUCGAACCCAAAUGUUCUUUCUUAAAGAUUUUGUUCAAACUUGUCGUAAGGCUAAAAUUUUACAGGAGGAGAUAAACAAGUAUCCAGUGCACCUCUUCAAUGAUCCUGAAGUUUAUUCUAUUCAAAAUCUCAUCAAUAUUAAGAAUAGUGAAUUGUCUCAACAGCUGCAUCAUUUAGUUGGGAAAUGCAUCAGUCAUAUUACUCAGUGUACAUUAUGUAAAGCCAAAGGUUUCAUUUGUGAGAUAUGUAAUAAUGGAGAUGAUAUAAUAUUUCCAUUUGAAUUGUCUAGAGUUGUUAGAUGCCAAGUAUGUUGGGCUUGUUUCCAUAAAACCUGUCUUAUCCCAGGAAAAUGUCCAAAAUGUAUCCGAAUUGAAGCUAGGAAGAAGAAGAAAAAAGAAGAGGAAAAUAAUAUAUAAAAAGAAAUUAAUAAUAAUGUAAAUUUUGUUUAUGGUUAUGUAUAUAAUUAUUGUAUAACUUAAAGAUGAAAAGUUUUGUUUGUAAAAUAUUUAGUGUCAAGAAUAUAUCAUCACGAAAAUAUCCUUCCAGAAAAAUAAUAUAUAAAUAUAUAAUUUACAAAUUAAAGAUGGCCAUGUAAUCAUGAAUUCUUAACAGCUGUGCUGUGUAGGAAAAUGUAUUUUUCUAAUUCUUGUAAAUAAAACUUGUUAUACUAAACGUUGAUGGAUGAAGACAUCAAAAUAUAUCUGUUUGUAAAUUUUAAGUUAAUGUUAUAUUUAUCCUGAUGAUAUAAUGUAUCAUUAGAAUGUUUGUUUGUUGUGAUGUAUAAAUUAAAAAACAAUGGAAAUAUAUUUAACUCAUAUUU